AUGACCCACACAUGGCAAAGCGCCUUGAUCCUCACAGCAUACAUCAUCAUCUUCCUCACUGGUCUCCCUGCCAACCUCCUGGCCCUGCGGGCCUUUGUGGGGCGAGUCCGCCAGCCCCAACCUGCACCCAUCCACAUCCUCCUGCUUAGCCUGACACUGGCGGAUCUGCUGCUGCUGCUGCUGCUACCCUUCAAGAUCAUUGAGGCUGCAUCGAACUUCCAUUGGUAUCUGCCUGAGAUAGUCUGUGCCCUCACAGGCUUUGGCUUCUACAGCAGCAUCUACUGCAGCACGUGGCUCCUUGCGGGCAUCAGCAUUGAGCGCUACUUGGGAGUGGCCUUUCCAGUGCAGUACAAGCUCUUCCGCCGGCCUGUAUAUGGAGUGAUUGCUGCUGUGGUCGCCUGGAUCAUGUCCUUUGGUCACUGCUCCAUUGUGAUCAUCGCUCAGUACUUGAACACAACUCAGCAGGUCAGAAAUCCCAAUGAAAUCACCUGCUAUGAGAACUUUACCAAAGAGCAGCUGGACCUGGUGCUGCCCUGGCGGCUGGAGCUGUGCUUGGUGCUCUUUUUCAUCCCCAUGGCGGUCACCAUCUUCUGCUACUGGCGCUUUGUGCGGAUCAUGCUCACCCAGCCCCAUGUGGGGGCCCAGAGGCGGCGCAGGGCUGUGGGACUGGCGGUUGUGACACUCCUCAAUUUUCUGGUGUCCUUCGGGCCUUACAACGUGUCCCACCUGGUGGGGUUUUACACAAAGAAAAGCCCCGAGUGGCGAGUGCUGGCUGUGGUCUUCAGUUCACUCAACGCCAGUCUGGACCCCUUGCUUUUCUAUUUCUCUUCUUCAGCAAUGCGCAGAGCCUUUGGGAGAGGGUUACAGCUGCUGCGGAAUCGGGGCUCCUCCCUAUUGGGACGCAGAGGCAAAGAGGCAGCAGAGGUGACGAAUGGGGACAGGGGUGUGAGUCAGGCAGAGGGAGUGCCAAGUUCGGACUUCGCCACGGACUAG